AUGAUAACUAACGCGGUUGAGUCAACAUCGUCUCUUCCAGACGCACCAGCCAUGUCUCCUGACGCAGAGGCCAAAUUGAUCCGUAAAAUUGAUCUCCGUCUACUGCCAAUGCUGUUUAUGGUCUACGUUGUAGCGUUUCUUGACAGAGCCAAUGUCUCGAAUGCCCUUACCAUGAGGAUGCCAGAGGAGCUGCAUCUGACCGGCCAGCAGCCUAACACCGCACUGGCCAUCUUUUUCGUUCCCUACAUCCUCUUUGAGAUUCCUUCUAAUCAGCUCAUGAAAAGAUUCACCCCCCAUGUCUGGCUCUCGCUGUGCAUCUUUGGAUUUGGCGUUGUCAUGCUGGCCCAGGGCUUCGUGCACAAUUUCAGCGGCCUUCUUGCAACCCGCUUCUUCCUCGGUCUCUUUGAAGCAGGUAUAUUUCCUGGUAGCUUCUACUUGAUUAGUUUCUGGUACAAGAGGGAAGAAGCCCAGCAACGUUUCACCUUCUAUUUCUGCUCCGUCAUCUUUGCAUCCGCAUUUGGGGGCCUGUUGGCCACCGGGAUAGCGAAUAUGGAUGGGGUGCGAGGCUACAGCAAUUGGCGAUGGAUCUUCAUCCUCGAAGGUAUCAUGACCGUUAUUGUGUCCUUCAUGGCUUGGUUCCUUCUGUGUGACUUUCCCGGAGAGGCCCAAUGGCUUACCGACGAAGAGAAGGAGUUUGUGCUGAGAAGGACCCUUACCCAAGAGGCCGAGAACAAGGAGGGUCCUUUGUCUGUGAGCGACCUUGUCGAAUUCUUCAAAGAACCUAUGAACUACUUUGGCGCAUUGAUGUACUUUUCGGUCGUUGUUCCCGUCUAUUCCUUUGCAUACUUCACACCCACAAUUGUGAAGACUCUUGGAUACUCUGUCGUACAGACACAGCUCCACUCGGUGCCUCCAUUCGCUGCUGCGUUUGGUUUCUGCGUCUUGCUGGCUUACCUGUCAGCUCGAACGGACACUCGAAUGCCCUCUGUGAUAAUCUCGGCGCUUAUUCUGAUCGUCGGCCUCGCCAUCCUCAUGACUACUCGGGGCCAUUUCUCGGCGCAAUACGGCGGUAUUUGCCUCGUCUGCAUGGGAGCAUUCGGCGCGGGUUCCAUUGUUGUGUGCUGGUACCUAAUGAACCUGCAAGGGCACAAGCAACGCAGCAUUGGAUCCGGUUGGAUGAUCAGCUUUGGGAACACGGGCGGCCUCGUCGCCCCAUUUGCCUUCCUGCCCAAGACUGCACCCCAGUACGUCACUGGAUACUCUGUCUGCAUGUCAGUCGCCGUGCUGGGCAUCCUCGUUACAAUCUGCUACGCUCUGCUGGUCUUGCGUUCCAGGCGCAGGGUUGCCGACGAUCCCGGAGCUAAUGACUCGCAUGUCAUGUCGCUUUGA